AUCGUUAGUGUUUUUUGUGGUCUGUUACUUUACUUCCGCUACUGUGAACUGAGACGAAGAUUCUUCCGACAGAUAUACUGCAUUUAAAGCCCAAUUUCACGCACAAUUUUAUGGGCUUUCUCUUUAAUCCCGCAUUAAAAAGUAAUCUGUGAGUCGGUUUUCCUCAUUUUUUUCAUUUUCAGCCUAAAAUUGCACUACAAAUCUAGUCCGAUUUGUGUGUUUUUUUGAAAAAAUCUUGAUUUCUUUCACUGGGUUUUUGUAUUAAUGUGUUGCACCGUGAGAUUCGUUAUUGGAAGUCGAAGCCUUGAUUAAUCAUGAAGAUAAAGCUGCGGAAAUCUGUUAUUUUUUUGCUGUCGGUGACCGUUCUCGCUCCAAUCGUUUUAUACACCAACACUCUUGGAACUUAUCUCGCUUCCUCAUCUUCUAGGAAUGAAUUUGUGGAAGAUGCUUCAACCUUUACAUUUGCUGGUGAAGUCAGACCAUUAAAUGUGCUACCUCAGGAAUCGUCUGCUGCGUUGAAAGAGCCUCUGGGUGUAGUUUAUUCGGAAAAGUUAGGCGAUUCUAGUUCAGAAGGCACAAGUGCUUCAUUUGGAGAACAUGCUCGUCUCACUAGACAACUCGCUGGAGCAGAGGAUGGACUUUCAAGUUUAUCCGAUACGAGCAGUGGUGGGAAUGGCAUAAGGCAGGUGACUGAUCAGGUGCACGAGGUUGCACUGGAUAAGAAGGAAGUAAACUCGAGUGGGGCUGAACUGAUUGGGAAAGUAAAUGAGGUUGAACAAAGUAAAGCAAAGAAACGAACUGUUUCCCGGCGUUCCAAGGCCAAAUCGAAUAAACCAUCGGAAAGAAUAGCUGUUGUCAAAGAUAAUUCAGGAGAAUCUGGAACAGAGAAACAGAAUGAACAGAAAAUAUUGCCAGAUGCUCGUAUACGUCAGCUCAAGGACCAACUUAUUAGAGCAAGGCUUUAUCUUACCCUCUCUGUGACUCGAACCAAUCCCCGCUUUGUGAGGGACCUGCGCUUGCGUAUGAAAGAGGUUCUGAAAGUACUUGGAGAUGCCUCCAAGGAUUCUGAGUUGCCAAAGAAUGCUUUAGAGAGGUCGAAAACAAUGGAGCUAACACUUUUAAAAGGAAAACAAUUAGAAGAUGACUGUUCUUCCUCAAUAAAGAAACUUCGCGCCAUGCUACAUUUGGCUGAGGAGCAGCUUCGAGUCCACAAAAAACAAAACUUGUUUUUGACGCAUUUAACUGCCAAGACGGUGCCUAAAGGGCUUCAUUGUCUUCCUCUUCGUCUUUCAACAGAGUAUUUUAUGUUGAACUCAUCCCAACAGCAAUUUCCAAACGAAGAAAAACUUGAAGAUCCCCAGCUAUACCACUAUGCCUUGUUUUCAGAUAAUGUAUUGGCAGCAGCAGUGGUUGUAAACUCAACGAUAAACCACGCAAAGGAUCCUUCGAAACAUGUCUUCCAUAUUGUGACGGACAGGCUCAAUUUUGCUGCAAUGAAAAUGUGGUUUCUGGCAAAUCCUCCCGGAAGGGCAACCAUUCAGGUUCAGAAUAUCGAGGAGUUCACAUGGUUGAAUUCGAGUUACAGUCCAGUCCUUAAGCAGCUGGGCUCUCCCACUAUGAUUGAUUAUUACUUCAAGAAUCGACAUGCUGAAUCUGAUUCCAACAUUAAAUUUAGAAAUCCAAAGUACCUCUCGAUGAUGAAUCAUCUUCGGUUUUAUCUUCCUGAAAUCUUCCCAAAGCUGGACAAAGUUUUAUUCUUAGAUGAUGAUAUUGUGGUGCAGAAGGAUCUCACUGGCCUAUGGUCCCUUAAUCUAAGGGGCAAAGUCAUUGGUGUGGUUGAGACAUGUGGAGAGAGCUUCCACCGGUUUGAUCGUUACCUCAAUUUCUCAAACCCACUCAUUUCAAAAACAUUUAAUCCCCGCGCUUGUGGUUGGGCAUUUGGAAUGAAUAUCUUCGAUCUGAAUGAAUGGAGGAAACAAAACAUUACAGAAGUAUAUCACAGAUGGCAGAACCUGAAUCAUGACAGGCGGCUUUGGAAGCUGGGGACGUUGCCACCCGGUUUGAUAACCUUCUGGAAUCGCACUUUUGCUAUCGAGAAAUCCUGGCAUGUUCUGGGACUUGGUUAUAAUCCGAAUGUAGUGCAGAAGGAUAUCGAGCAAGCUGCAGUUAUACAUUAUAACGGCAACCUGAAGCCGUGGCUCGAGAUAGGCAUAUCAAAGUUCCGAAACUAUUGGGCGCAAUUCGUGGACUACAAUCAAGCGUAUUUGCGGGAGUGCAAUCUCUCUCCAUGAGGCACGUGCUUCUUCCAUCCAGGUUGCAGGCCCGUCCGUCACUUUGAACUUUUCGAUAAUGAAAGCAGGAGCAGCUAGUAAUAUAUCUUGUGAGUAGCGUUAGAUAUAUAUAUAUAUAUAUGAUUCUCCACCAUUCAUUGCUAAAGUCUUGAUUGUAAAUGAUUGAGCACACAGCCUUCCCCUCCCUCUCCCUCAUCCUCUUCCAAAUCCCAAUUUAUAUUCAUUUUUUUGCUUGAAUUUGUUGAUGUUGCCAUUUUGGUUGAUUGACAUUCUCCCAACUCUAGGGUUAGUUAUUACUUUGUGUUCUUCUUCUUCUUCUUCAUUCUCUUUUUAAGUUUUAGUUGAGAUAAAUCCCUAGAUUGUGGGACAAUGUUGAACAGCAACGGUGUUAUAUUUAUGAACGCAGUCGUUUUGGAUAUCAA